UCUCAAGAAAUGGAUCAUCUCUACAGGACAGCAAUGCUACCGGAUUGCCGUAGGCCCUUCUCUGAUGCUGUCAAGGCUCGUAUCGGUAACUGCUCAUAUAAAAUGGGGGGCCGCUAUUUGGACUGGAGUCUAGCUGUGACUGCCACCAUUGUUCUCACACCUCAUCAUCUCUAUGGUUUCAGCUUCAAAUCUCUACGUUGUUUAUCUGUUUAACUUGUUGAGUGUCUGUUGGCUGUUCAAUAAUACGUAUUGCUUCAAAACUCUCAACUGACACACUAUCGCGAUCUGCCAUGUCUGCUGGCUUGCAAGCAAGAGCCUCACAUGAGGCCAGCUUGGCCGGGACGUUUGCCCGGCAAGUUCUGCACCGCGUGCCUCCAAUUCCACCGCAUAUCAAUUUGUCCGACAAGGUUGCCAUUGUGACUGGAUCAAGCUCGGGCCUCGGGACAGAAUGUGCACGUCAACUCUUACAGAUACAGCUCACACAUCUGAUCCUAGCCGUUCGAUCUCAACCCAAGGGCCAAGUCACCGCGUCAAAAUUACAAGCUGAGUUCCCGAAGGCCCGCAUCGAGGUCUGGGUUCUAGAUAUGGAGUCUUAUGACUCAGUGCGAGAAUUCGCUGCUCGCUGCGAGAAACUCGACCGACUUGAUGUUGCAAUUCUAAACGCUGGGUGUGGGAAAAUGCGUUUCACGCGUUGCGCUGGUGACCACGGCCGUGAAGUGACGAUUCAAGUCAACUUCCUAGCCACUGUACUACUAGCCAUGCUCCUCGCUCCCAUCAUCAAGAACAAGGGCGCAAUCGUAGGGAAAGCUGGACAAUCCCUCCAGGUUCCAGGAAGAAUCACGAUCGUCACCUCGGAUAUGUCGUUCUGGCCAAAGCUGGACGAGAACGCUCUAAGCAUUCUCGAUUCCGUCGACAGUCCACAAGGCUUUGAUGGGAUGAUGCAGUACGGCAAAUCGAAACUGUUGUUGGUAAUGUUCGUGUCAAAGUUGGCCGAAGUCGUGAGCCCUGACGACUGCAUCAUCAACCUUGUCAACCCGAGCGGUGUGAGAGGCACGCGACUCAUGCGUGAAGCAGAGACAGUACUGCCACGACUGCUUGUAUGGCUCAGUGGAAUACUUUUAGGACGAAAUCUUGUGGAUGGGACUAGACAAUACUUGCACUCGGCAUUGGUGCUUGGAAAAGAGAGCCAUGGAUCAUUUUGCGAUUGGAAGGUCAGGCCGUACCCUCCUUACAUGUAUACUGAGUCUGGUCGUCGCUUGACCGCUCAGCUAUGGGACGAGACCCUGAAGGAACUUCGAUUUGCUGGUGUGGAGACUGUGCUUCAAGGGUUAAAGAAAUGAACCUGCAAUAGAGAAUUAGCGACACCCCAUGAAUUGGUUUCUUAAUUAAAUCUUGUGUUUGAAGCAACCUAGCCUCCCUACUCAAAAAAGAAAAAUGUUUAUGUCCAUUACAUAUAUUUAUAAUUUUAGUAUCCUUGGAAAGAACUCUCUUCCAACAAUCAUAUGCGGUAUUUUUUUUUAUCCUUAUAUCUGCUG